ACUUCCAGGUAUGAUGCGCGUCUGAGAUACAAAUAAGUAAAUACUGGGCUCGCACUAGUACAGCGUCAACUUACCAAACGCAAGAACAACUUAAUCCCGCACAAUGAGUUUUCCAUGGUUCAGAAUGACAUUGCUAGGAGGCGGUCUGAUGGGCCUGGGUUACCUUUUGAUGAGCGCAACCGUACCUACACCUGAACAGACAUAUGCCGCAAUGGCACCUGAUCUGCGGCGAAAGGUCGAUGCAAACCGUGCAGCCAGAGCCCUUCAAGAGCAAACCAUAAAGCGUCAAGUCGAUGCUCAGAGUGAUCCAGAUGCAGGAAAACCCAUUUGGGCCGAGCAACAGAAUCAGCGGUAGAGGACAAGUCAAUGUCGGUGCCGUGAGACGAUACGAGUGUAAUUGCAUCCUCUGAUGGCGAACAAAAU